AUGGCGGCCGCAGUGGCGGAGUUGACUCACCAAAACCAAGAAUUAAGAAUGGAGAUUAAUCUAAGGAGGCAGACGAGUGAAGAACGUGAGGGUGGAGGACAAACGCAGAGUCGUGAUGACAGAGAGAACACUGAGAUUGGAAGUCAGUUAAGAGGUACCACUUCACGAGCGGUGCCACAUUUGAAGGAAGAAAUGGACCAGAUGAGAAGAGUCAUGGAGGAAAUGAAAGAAAAUAUGAGAAGGACAAAUCCUAUAGAAGACCUGGUCCACCGAACUGAUUCCCCCUUUACGGCUUCCAUCAACGGUCACUCUCUACUAUCGAAGUUUAAGAUGCCUUCUCUAGAUUCGUACGACGGAACACGAGACCCGUUCGAUCACAUUGCUACCUUCAAGACCACCAUGCAUCUCCAAGGGGUUCCUGACAAAAUAAUGUGCAAAGCAUUCCCUACCACCCUUAAGGGCCCAGCACGAGUUUGGUUCAGCAAAAUACCUCCGAAUUCGGUGAGUUCUUUUGAAGAGUUGAGCAAACUGUUUGUUAACAACUUCAUAGGAGGACAAAGACAUAAGCGUUCCUCGUCCAGCCUAUUGACCAUAGAGCAGGGGGAGAACGAGAGUUUACGGUCGUUCAUCACCCGUUUCAACAGAAAGGCCCUGAGUGUGGACGAAGCAGAUGAUAAGAUCUUGUUGGCGGCUUUCCAUAAUGGGGUGAAUUCGGAUCUGUUCAUUUACAAACUCUAUGAAAAAGAACCCCAGUCUAUGGCAGAACUUGUCCAUUCGGCACAAAAUUUUAUGAAUGCAGAUGACGCAAUCAUUGCUAAGAAGAGGAAGAGGUCUGAGAGAGUAGACGCAAAUCCCGGUCGCCACUUAGAGCAAGGCCCUCGUCCAAAGAAGGGACAGACUGAAGACAGGAAAGACCAAGACAUUAAGAAACAGGGCUCUUCAGCACGGAACCAGCAGUAUAGCUCUUUGAACGUCCCACUUGAGCAGGUCCUAAUGCAGAUCAAGGAUGAUCCUUCCUUGAAGUGGUCGGAGAAAAUGAGGGGAGAUCCCAACAAAUGCAAUCGGAACAAGUAUUGCCGCUUCCACAGGGAUCAUGGUCACGAUACGGAUGAGUGUUUCGAUUUAAAGUAG